GAAUCUCUCGAUUGGAUAUCUUGUGCUCUUUUGGCCCUUCACUCAGAUUAUCUCUGGAUAGCAGUCGCUCUCUCAUUUAGUCCUUCAAAUAAUUUUCUCCUCCCUUUGUAGCUUUGUCUGCAGUUCUAUUUUUCCUUUCGUCUUUUGUCCAAUUCGGUUCGGAGAAAAUAUGGUUUACUCUUACAACAACUACCACCAUCUUGUUCCUUGUCUUCAUUGUCACCCACAUAGCUACAUCCGAAUGGUUCAGAAUCUGAUAGAGAGAUGCUUGCUUCUUCACAUGAACCAACAACAAUGCGUCAAGGCAUUGGCGCAGUAUGCAAGCAUUCAGCCGUGCAUUACGAUCACAGUGUGGAGAGAGCUUGAGAAGGAGAACAGGGUCUUCUUUGAAGCAUAUGUUCAUGCUGUCUCUUCCUACAGGUCUUUGUUGGGUAAGCGUUAAGGCAUAUACCCUACAAUCCCAAACCCUAAACUAUUAUGUAGAGUACAUGUAUUUAUGAAGUUAUUACCUGAUGAAGCGACUGUAAGCUAAUUAUGUUGAUAUUUGUCCGUCCCU